CCCCUCGCGCCACGGCGGCGAUCGCAGGCCGCGCCCCGCUGGGCUCAGGGCGCGCGCGCUGCGUGGCCACCUCCCGGGCGGGGCGGAGCGGAGCGUCCCGCGGCGGCGUGGGACGUCCCGGCGGUGCGAGCGGGCAGCGGCAGCAGCGGCACCGGCUCUCCCUCGCAGCCCUCCCGCCUUGCUCCCACCUGCCGCCCGGCGCUAUGUGCGAGCCCAGCAAGCAGGAUAUUGCCGCCAUCUUCAAGCGACUCCGCUCCGUCCCCACCAACAAGGUAUGUUUUGACUGCGGAGCAAAGAACCCUAGCUGGGCAAGCAUAACAUAUGGAGUUUUUCUCUGUAUUGAUUGUUCAGGGACCCAUCGAUCACUUGGUGUUCACUUGAGUUUCAUUCGAUCUACAGAACUGGAUUCCAAUUGGUCUUGGUUUCAGCUGAGAUGCAUGCAAGUUGGAGGAAAUGCAAAUGCUUCUGCUUUUUUCCAUCAACAUGGAUGCACAACAAAUGAUACCAAUGCAAAAUAUAACAGUCGUGGUGCUCAGCUUUACAAGGAGAAGAUUAAAUCUCUUGCAACACAGGCAACAAGAAAGCAUGGUACUGAUCUGUGGACAGACGGAUGUGGAAUGCCACCUGUGUCACCUCAAAACAAAGAGGAAGACUUUUUUGCAUCCCAUGUUUCUCCCAAGGCAAAGAAUACAGACUGGGUGUUAUCGGAGCCAGAGACGGUUUCUCUACAGCAGAAAACUUCAGAAAAUAUUCCAGAAUGCUAUGAAGGACCAGAACAUGGACCAAGUGUUGAUUGCCUAAGUACAUCACCAAAAGCUGCAUUAGAGAACACCACCUUCAUAAAAAAGAAGCCAAAUCAAGCUAAGAAGGGGCUCGGUGCCAAAAAAGGUGGUUUGGGGGCACAAAAAGUGAGCAGCCAAAGCUUUAACGAGAUUGAAAAACAAGCACAAGCUGUAGAUAAAAUGAAGGAACAAGAGGAUCUUCAUAGCAGUAAGAAAACUGAGAAGGAAGAGCCACUUGUAUCAUCUUUGCGGUUGGCCUACAGAGAUCUUGAUAUUAAAACAAAAGAAGAAAAGUUAAAUCUCUCUGGUAAGAAGAAAAAUGAAUUGGAGAGACUUGGCAUGGGGUUUGGCAGCAACAGAAGUGGCAUUUCUCAUUCAGUAACCUCAGAUAUGCAAACAAUAGAGCAGGAAACACCUGCCAUUGCAAAGCCGAAGAAAAAGUACACUGACGAUGCAGAAGAUUCAUAUUUCUCUUCUACUUCAAGGUACUAUGAUUCUUCAGAUUUGAGGAGCAGCACUUUCUCUAAAUGGGAUGACAAUUCAGAUUCUUUUUGGAAGAAAGAAAAUAAUAGUAGAGAUGUUGAUAUAAUGUUAACUUCAAAAAGUAAAGGAUUUUCAGAGAGGCCUGCAUCUCGUCGUAAGCCUGAAUAUGAGCCACCUUUAAACACAGAUGAGGCACAAAAAAAAUUUGGCAAUGUAAAAGCAAUUUCAUCAGACAUGUAUUUUGGAAGGCAAGAUCAUGCUGAUUAUGAAGCAAGGGCUCGACUAGAAAGACUUUCUGGAAGCUCCUCUAUAAGUUCAGCUGACUUGUUUGAAGCUGAGAAAAAACAACCAGCAGGAAGCUACAAUAUUACAAAUGUCUUGCCUUCAGCUCCCGAUAUAGCUCAGUUUAAACAAGGAGUGAAAUCAGUGGCUGGAAAACUUUCUGUACUUGCUAAUGGGGUCAUGACGUCUAUACAGGAUCGAUAUGGUUCAUAACGUCUUUUAUAUCGACAUAAUUAAGUACACUAAAGAAGGAUUUAUCUUCAGAUAUACAAGUAAUCACACUGCUGAUUUGAAUGAAGGUUGCCUUAAGACUGUUGAUGUUUUUAAUUGUUCCAAGCACAUUUGUUUACUUGUGCAGCUUUCUGGCUCAGCCUCUUCUUACUGCUAUUUCAUCUUUACAGAGCAGAAAUCUUGUAGCAACUUGUUACAUUGCUUUUUUUUUUUCCUUUACAGUCUUGUAUUUCUUAGCGACCUUAACGUUAGAUGUUGGAAGUUUAUUUUAUUACUGGUUUUGGCUGUGAGGCAGGAAGGAGAAAGGAGGAUGAACGCAUACAUUGGAAAUGAGGCUUCCUAACAGAAGCCUCUGUGCAGUGGCAUCCUUACUCACCAGACAUAACUUGUCUUCUGACUGUUUUACGAGCUGUGGAGAAGAAAAUUUAAAUUAAGCAUAUGCUGAGGUGGUAUUUAGUGGACUGUAGCAAAAUAUAGAGUUAAGUUAAACCUGCGCUUAUCAGGAAGUAGAAGUUCUUGCAGUCAUAAAUUGAUGUGCAUUAAAAUGAUGGGGAAUUAGUGUUUUAAAACAAUAUUUCUGCUAGAAAAUUGUAUGCUUAGAUGUGAGGUAUGGAGAAGACAAGACGCAUGGUAUAUUGAAUAGUGGAUUUAAUCUUGUCUUGGGAGCAAUCUUUUUAUUCCUAGUUUUGAAAGUUACAAAAAAUUGCAAUAUAGAAUCCUUAAGUGCUUUUUAAAAAUCUGUAUUGUGUGCAAAUUGAAAAAAAAAGGUUUUGUGGUUUAACCCAUCAGGCAGCUAAAACAACCACACAGCCAUUCGCUCACUCUCCCUCCACCCUGCAGUGGGUUGGGGGAGAGAAUCGAAAAGGAAAAAAAAAGGGUGAAACUUGUGGGUUGAGAUAAAGACAGUUAAACAGAACACAAAAGGAAGACAAUAAUAAUAAUAGAUAAUACAAAACAAAUGAUGCACAGCACAAUUGCUCACCAACUGAAGCUGAUGCUAGUUGGAACUAGCCGAAGCUAGUUCCUGAGCUGCCCUGUCUCCUGGCCAACUCCCCCAGUUACAUGCUGAGCAUGACAUCAUAUGGUAUGGAAUGUCCUUUAGGUCAGCUGGGGUCAGCUGUCCUGGCUGUGUCCCCUCCCAGCUUCUUGAGUGCCCCCUGCGUUCUCCUUGGCAGGGCAGUGUGAGAAGCUGAAAAGUCCUUGACUGCUUAACAACAACUAAAACCAUCAGUGUGUUAUCAACGUUAUUCUCAUCCUAAAUCCAAAACACAGCACUAUACCAGCUACUAGAAAGGAAAUUAACUCUAUUUCAUCUGAAACUAGGACAAAAUAAAAAUAUUUAAAGGCCUAAUAUAGCAGUUAAUACUUGUUAAAAAUGUUUAGAACAAUCUUAGUGUUUUGAUAAAUUAUGAAAUAUUGAAUGAGGAAAUAUAGUGGGACUGUGUUUUAGACAGUCUAGAAUUUAUCGUUGAUGACAUCCUGAAUAAAAACAAUUAUAACCUUGAAGAAAAAAACCUCACAACCAAGAAUGAGCUCAAGCGAAUUCCUUUCUGUAACCUUGUUUCUUAAUUCAAAUUUGUAAACUGCUGAUAUCUAAUAAAAACAAUUGAUAUGAACUCA